AUGUCGGGCAGUGAUGAACCAACCGCGAAGCGGCCGCGCCGUGAGGUGACACCAGCCAUGACAUUUCCGUAUGAACUGGACAGCUUUCAGAAACUGAGUAUUGACGCCCUCGAGGACGGUGACAGUGUGCUGGUCUCAGCGCACACCUCGGCCGGUAAGACGACGGUGGCCCUCUACGCCAUUGCCAAGGCACUGCGAGAAAAAAGGCGUGUCAUCUACACCUCACCCAUCAAGGCAUUGAGCAACCAGAAGUUUAGGGAGUUCUCAGAGAAGUUUGAUUCCGUUGGUCUUAUGACGGGCGAUACUACCAUCAAGGCGGACUCGGACUGUCUCGUCAUGACGACAGAGAUUCUUCGUAGUAUGUUAUAUAGGGGUACCGAGAUGCUCCGAGAGGUGGGAUGCGUCAUUUUUGAUGAGGUCCACUACAUGCGGGACAAGUCGCGUGGCGUGGUAUGGGAAGAGACGAUUACACUGUUGCCUGAAGGGUGUCAAUAUGUCUUUCUUUCCGCCACCAUCCCAAACGCACGGGAAUUCGCGGACUGGGUGGAGAGUAUUCACCCCGGCACAAAGGUACAUGUCAUCCACACCGAUUACCGUCCAGUACCGCUGCAGCACUAUUUGUAUCCAUGUGGAGCUGAUGGAAUUUUCCUUAUCGUGGAUGAGCAAGGAAAAUUCCGUGAUGAUAACUUUAGGCGGGCAAUGUCGUCCAUGGGUGCAAUGGACGCAGAGGCAGGCGGAGCAAAUGGCGCGGACGUGUCUAAGGCCGCCACCUCCACACGUGGCAAGCGGAAGCCGCCUAGAAAAGGGACACAAUCCAUCAUGGAGAUUAUCAAAUUGGCCAUGGAUCAUAA